UGUCUGCAGGCGCGCUUCUCGCCCUGUCAGAAGGACUGAGCCGGUUUAGCUGUUACACAAGAAGAGAGCAGCGGGCACCGGGGCUCAGACUGCCUCCCUUUUGCAGACGAGAAGGUAUAGAGAAGCCGAUGGAAGCAACAGUGCUGUAAAGAAAUGGGCUAGCUAUUCCCCGAGGCUGUGAUCUGGAAGCAUUUGGAGGUAUUACCUCCUUAGAAUUCGGAGUCUCUGAUGGUGGUCCAACCCUGUAGAAGAUUCAAGCUCAGUCUCCAGUAACAAAGGUCAUGUUUUGCUCUCCCUGCUUCAAAUCAUCCUCCCAGCUGUCUUUUGUGUGAAAGUGAGAAUGAUCUCUGAACUGGGCCUUGGAAGCUAAAGUAAAAGGAACAAUUGAUGGCCUCUUCUCAGACUACAAGGGUCAGGUGUAUGAAGGAUAAGAUGUCCCAAGGCUCCCAUUGAGGAAGAUACGUGACUACGAGAUUCUGUAAGCUGCAAAAGCUCCACUUCCCUCGAUAGACUGAUCACAGGUAUAAAGCCAAGGGUCAAAGAUAUUCAAGAGUCAAGGAAGACAAGAGCUCUCUAUGCUCUCAGAAUCUUCUCUGUUGUUCCUGGAUAAUCAUUACAGGAAAUGUAUUUCUUCUCCAGCAAUAACUAAGCGGUUGAGUCAUCAGCAAGACUGGCCCGAGGUGAGCCAGGCACAUCCGCGUUAGGACUCAGAGACACGCCUUCUUCUCACACAAACCUUCCUGAUCCCAGCCGCCUAGGCGGACUCCCGGGUGGUGCUACCAGCCCUGCCACUCAUAGUCCGGACAGGCAGAGGUUGGGGACCGCCUGGCGUUGCACCGAUCGGGAUCCACAGGUUGCAGACGCAGGGAGCCGUGCCCAUGACAGUGACGCUGUGAGGCUGCGGGCGUGCGGUAGCUGCUGGUGGGUCCUGGAGCUCGGGAAGACCGGAGGGGCCCUGAAACCUGACACCAGUGCCCUCGCUGUGGCUGUCCCCCGGGCUGGCUCGCCAAGACCAUCACUAUGACUGAUGGAGAUUAUGAUUAUCUGAUUAAACUCCUGGCCCUUGGAGACUCGGGAGUAGGAAAGACAACAUUUCUUUACAGAUACACAGACAACAAAUUCAAUCCCAAAUUCAUCACUACAGUGGGAAUAGAUUUUCGGGAAAAACGUGUGGUUUACAACACACAAGGAGCUGAUGGGUCUUCAGGGAAAGCGUUUAAGGUACACCUGCAGCUUUGGGACACUGCUGGACAAGAGCGGUUCCGGAGUCUCACCACCGCCUUUUUCAGAGACGCCAUGGGCUUCUUGUUAAUGUUUGACCUCACCAGUCAGCAGAGCUUCUUGAAUGUCAGGAACUGGAUGAGCCAACUGCAAGCAAAUGCUUACUGUGAAAACCCAGACAUAGUACUAAUCGGCAACAAGGCGGACCUACCAGACCAAAGGGAAGUCAAUGAACGGCAAGCUCGGGAGCUGGCUGAAAAGUAUGGCAUACCAUACUUUGAAACAAGUGCUGCAACAGGACAGAAUGUAGAGAAGUCUGUGGAAACCCUUCUGGACUUAAUAAUGAAGAGAAUGGAACAAUGUGUAGAGAAGACACAGGUUCCGGACACUGUCAAUGGUGGAAAUUCUGGAAAGCUGGAUGGGGAAAAGCCAGCAGAAAAGAAAUGUGCCUGCUAGAGACACUCCUCCUAAGAACCAGUGAUGAAGAGCCCACCCAAAUACUACAUCCUGAAAUAAUGCAAACCACAAAGUUGUUGUUGAGUAGAUCAUGAGCAAUGGCAUGUCUUUCUCUUCCCUCCCCAAUCUAUUUUAAUAAACCAGGAUAGUCAAUAGUGUGAAAAGAACUGUACUGUUAACCUGAGUCCCUUCCAAACAAAAAAUCAAAGUUCUCCUAAGGUGGUCUCACCGUCAUGGAUGCUUGGUUGUAUUUUUAUAAAGAAGUUGUGUAUAAGAGAAGAAGUAUCUGUGACUUUUAAAUGAAAGCACAUAUUACUAUCAGCCUGGAGAAAGGAAUAGGCUAACUAAAAAGAAUAUUAAAAGAUUAUUUCUGUUCACAUCUACUUAUGUGAAGUAUGAGUCAUAGUCUAUAUUUGCACUGGGGAAAAUAUAUUCCUAAAAAUAGACACAUAACAAAGAAUUCUGUGUGGCUUAUUAAGGAUGACUACAUUUACCCAAUAAGCUACACUGAUAAGGUUGUGAGUGGGUGAAUGUCAGACUUCUUGUAGGAAAUUGUAUAAUAAUGCCAUUUUUAUAUUUUUAUAAAUGGCAGAGAGACAAGAAUAGGAUCAUGGAUGAAAAAGUAUAAGGUACAUUCCCUGGAGGAAAAUAAAACAUGGGAAUAUGGCAGUUGAACAGGUAAAAUUAAAUGGAUCUUUGAGAUAAGUCUGAGAGAGUCACUUAGCCAAAUUUCACUGAAGCAGAUUGGAAGCUGGCAUUAUCAGUAGAGAUUGAGAAUGCUUUAGAAGCUCCAAUUCAAACAAUUCAAGCUUUUAGCAUUGCUUCUGAUAGUGCCCAAGUUCACAUUUUAUUUUUAUUUUUUUUAUCAAAUUCUUAUAAAGAAUCACAAGAAAAAAUAAAUCAUAUUUAUUGAAUAUACCCUAUAAAUGUAGUCAAGAAACUUAAGAUUUAGUCUUAAAGUUUCCAAAUAUAAAAUUUGUUGAUGAUAGAAAACAAAGAGUGAUGGUUAAUUGUGGGUUUUGCUUCAUUUUAGAAAAGCACUAGAAAUUCUAAGUUGUAUUUUCCCUCUAUACCAUACUUAUCUCUGUGUUGAAGUAGUUACAGCAAGGUAUGUUCAUGGAUCAAUAACUUCAAAAUAAUUAUGGACCAGUAACUAUGGUCACCCUGAAUUUUCACACCAUCAAUAACCAAAAAUUGGUGAUGCCUCAUUCUUUAUUAUAAUAUUUUUAUUUUGUCAAGAGGAAAAAUAACUAUAGUUGAGAUGUACUUGAGAAAAUAACAAGGAUGGAUCUGUGUUUUAUCUCACCAAAACUGUAGCCAGUGGUUUUAUUUUCCCUUGAAGCUGACUUUUCUUUCUGGAAUUAACCACAGAAUUCACGUUGACUUACUCUUAUCAUUGUGAAAACUCAUAUUGUAUUAGUUUUAUUCUCUUAAUUUGGCAUACAUAUAACCCAAUCUUAUCAAAGUGGUAUUUAAACUUGUCAGUCAAUUUUACCAACAAGAAAACAAAUUGCUUUGAGUUUUCUGUUUUCUUUGAGCCUACAGUUGGUGAUAGCAUACUUUUUCAUCCUUUAAAAUAUUUUCAAUCUCAAAGUUUUGCAUACCUUGUCUCCUUUAAAAAUUACAAACAUUGCAAAGUAAAAUCCCAGUGCCAUUUUAAACCUUUUCCUUCUAUCUUCCAUCUGGUGUCCAGUCAAUUUCAGAAAUAUACACAGAUCUGAGGACAUGUCUACAUAAAAUGUUUUUAAGAUAAGUUGAAUCCAGAACUGUACCACUAAUCAACAAAUCAACACAAUAUGGAAGUUUGUAAGGGAUUCGCCCUUAGUAUAAUUCUCAGUACUAAUAUCCCAAGACCUCCAACUUCUAUGAUUGAUUCUAGGUUAGAAUUCCCACUGUCUGGGAUGUUCUUCUUGAUCUCAAAGUCUAUGCCAUGGGUAGAGAAAGCUGUGAGUCAGUGUUUGUAAUAUGUCUUCUGGACAGAAAGUAGAAAGAAAUGAUCAUAGCUAUGGCAAAAUCUGGUGAAUAUCUUGAGGUCAAUAAAUGUAUUUCUGAUUUUGAUUCAAAUUGUGCCAGUAUUUCCAUAACAGGGAGUGGCUGAGUCAUAUAAUAGUGAAGGAAUUUCACCUUUCCAUUUUUUUCUCAUUGUGUUCUAGUUACAUGAUUAAUUUGCUUAUGCCAAGAUUUUUCAUUGUCAGAUGAGAAUUUUUCAGGACCUGCUUUAAGAACAUCAUUGGUAACUGUAGCAUGAAGUGAAGGGCAAUAAUACCUAUAAAUAUGGAAAUGUGCCUAUAAGAGUAACAAAUAUUAAGUACUGGAUAAUAAACUUGGGAGGGUUGACAUUUCAAGCUGCCAAAAAUGAAAAUAUUCUACUUAUAAACACUUAGUCUAGAAAUAUUUCUGUCUAUAAAUUUUGAUGUCUGACUUUGAAAUCUAUUUGACUAUUGUUAGAAAUUCAUUCUCCUAUGAUUUCCAGAUCCUAGUUCCAUAUUUCAUUAUAUAACUUCAAAUUGAACUGGUACCAUGAAUAUUCUGCUUUAAAGAGCUCCAUAUUUUUUAUCCCACUACAACACGUAUGUUCAGUUGUUUCCUCUUAAUAAUUACCUCCCAAAUGCUUGUGUUUUUUGAGAGGUAUAUAAUGUACAUGAUACUUCUUUCUGACACAGAGCCUGAGUCUAGAGUGUUUACACUGGUUGAUGUUUACAUUGCCCAAACUCAGUGCCUCAAACACCUCUGUGACCAGUUUUGUCUCCAACCACAUAACUCAUUUUCUCUAAUCUUAGGUCUCCAAAAGGUCUCACAGAGACAAUACUAUAGUGCAAAGCCAGCUGAUAGCAGCAAAGGAUUCAAGAACAUCAUUGGUAUCUGGAGAUUAUUGCUACCUUCUCCUAGGCUGUCACAGAUUAGACAUUUCUUGAGAGUUAACUAUAAAUUGGUAUAAUUCGAUCUUUAAUCUAAUACAAGAAUUAUCUUUUGAAAAAUAUGCAAAAUAGUCAAGAGAACAUGCUGUUGAUCUUAGUCUGACUAUUGAAACAAGUUGCAACUAAGUGGAGAAAAUGCUGCCUAUUGGGAGAUGAACUUGGAUCUCUCUGUAAUAGUUUCACAAUUCAUAAUUUACUACUUUAGUCAAUUUGCUAUCAAUUUACUGUAAAAAAAAAAAAGACACCAAAACCAGCAUUUUCUAAAGUAUUUUAUCUGUUAAUUUUUAACCAGAUGAGACAUUCUAUACAUCAGUGGGUGGCUUUGUUCUAAUGUACAGUUAUUGUUUGCCAACCUGUAUAGAUGAGGUGAAUGGUUAAGAGUUUGAAUGUGUUUUGUUGUCCUUUGUGUCAAGAAGAAAGAAAGAAAGAAGGAAAGAAAGAAAGAAAGAGAGAGAGAAAGGAAGAAAGAAAGAGUGAACUUGACUAUAAAGCGCUGUAACAUGACAUUAAAGAUAUGUAAUAACAAUCUCAUUCCAAAGACAUUUAAAGCUUCGGAUUGAGUCUAUUGGGACUCAACAGAUUAGAUGAGGCUCGGGUACCUCCUCAUUAGUAUACUAGGGUACCAGUUAGAGGCAGCUCUGUGUGGUGAUGCAGUGUGUGCCUAGACAAGGUGAACACCCCAAAGCGCCUAUGAAGGAGACCAUUCACUCUUCUGUACCUCUUUUCUCUUAAUAAAGGAAAAAAAAUCGCCUUCCUUGCUGUAUAUCACACUUAAAAGUGUGAUGAUGAAUUGUUAUCCAUGGAGGAUUUUAGAGUUAUGUUCAAUACUCAAACUAUAAAGAAGUAACAUUCCAAGUCUAUGGCUUGCUAAGAUAUGUAGUAACUCCUUAAAGGUCUGGAGAUAUACAAGCUCAGAUGUAGGACACCUGAGUAGUAUGUCUGGGGACUUGGGUUUGGUCUUCAGGCAACAGAAGGGCAGGGAGAAGAAGGGGGAGCGAAGUUUAGCCAAAGUGAAAGAAAACCUGGUUUUCAUUUUCUACUACCAAGCUUUACAACACUGAAAGUGACCUAUAAGUGUGAAUAUUUUAAAGAAAGCUUUAUAAAUUUUCAAGAUGCCAAGAAACUCACUAUGGUUGCCUAAGAAUUCACUCCAUUAUAUUUUCUUCCCAAUAUUUAACCACAGUGAGGUCGGCUCAUUUCUGGCGUGACUGCAGAGAUCUGAGACCUGACAAUGGGUACUGGGUAGUAACUGAGAGUUAUCUCAAUGCAUGGAGCUGCCUGUCUCAUAGUAUAGAAAUAAUAAACACUGCUGGGUAUAGAGAAGAUUUUAUAAAAAAAUUAUUGUCAUUGAAUUCUUGAGUGGUGUCCAACCACAAUGACGUCAUUGAUCAAGAACUUGGGAAGAAAUAAGAAUGACAAGCUAGCUAGGUCAGGUCUUUCAAUAUAGGAGAUCAUGAAGAAGGUCAUAGAUUGACUUAGGUAGAAAAGGAAAAGUUUUAACAUUUUUAAACUAGAUCUGUGGAAAUGUUUCCAUGUUAUUUUUAUCUGCUUUGUGGAGUUUAUGCCCUUAGAACCAAACUAAGAAAAACGUAUGUGCUUACAUGUAUGACUACCAAAUAUUUAGGUUACUUAAAAAUAUUUUAUUUAGGCCAGGUGGUGGUGGCACACACCUUUAAUCCCAGCACUUGGGAAGCAGAGCCAGGUGGAUCUCUGUGAGUUCAAGGCCAGCCUGGUCUACAGAGUGAGAUCCAGGAAAGGCGCAAAGCUACACAGAGAAACCCUGUCUCGAAAAACCAAAAAAAAAAAAAAAAUUAUUUACUACAUAUGAGUCUGAAAUUCUUAAUAAUUAAUGUUUUCAUUUUCAAGCAAUAACAUUUAAAGAUGCUUUAUUGCCACUUUCUUUGAACCAACAGUUUAUGGCUGAGGUGUUAUGUAAUUUCAUGUGUGAAAAGCCCGUUAACAAAAAAAAAAAUAAGAAAGAACUAAGGUAAAACAUUAGUACUGAAAUGGUGGAACUAUUUAAAAGGAUGUCACCUUUUUAGGGAUCACCUCUGGCUUAAGUUUGCUUUGCUGCCUCCUUUCCUUUCUAAGAGGUCAUCUGCACUGUGGCUGGCACCUCUUAGCUAACUUAGUCUUUAGCAAAUCCUACAGGAGUCAGCUCAUCAUGCCUUCAUUGAAUAGCUCCCCUAUUUAACCUGUAACUGUUGUCCACAUGUCAAACACUAUAUAGUAAGGGACUCAGUCGUAUAUCCUUAUCGUUUUGUUCUAUGUGAUUCUUGUCCCCAGAUGCUCUUUGGUGGAGGAUCUGUUGUAGAGAGAAAAGCAGUCAGAUAUGACAACUUCAGGCCUAUGUGGCUUCUUUCAUACAGAACUUUACAAACAUUGAGUAAUUCAUGAGGUUCAAGUUAGGUUCAAAAGAAAUGUACAAAAGAAACUGUUCUCUUUCAUAAACAGACACCAUUAUCAUAAACUAAGAAAAAUAAAUUCACUCCUAACUUGGGCCACUUGUCAUGGUAAGAUAUAUAGCAGGACCAUCACAGUAACUAUAAUAGAGUGCUAAAUGGAUUGGCAGUCACCUUGAGGUCACUGCAUUUGAUUGAAAAUGUGUUAUAUACUUUACUGUUGGGAAAAAAAAAUAUGAGCUCUGUUUCAAUUAAUGUGUCAUCUUGUACUUCUUUCAAGGAGACCAGCUGGAUUCAAUGUAGGAUAUUACAAGUUGGUUAAAAUCCCAUGUACAAAUUAAAUUUUAUGUUUAAAAGAUUCUUGUAUUUGAACUUAAGAAAAAUAAAUUAUCCUGCUUCACUUUACGUGCUAACAGUAGAUUUUCUGAUGACACUGAAGUGCUUCACGGUAGCUCAACAAUUUCCGUUCCAGGAAUAUCAUCCAUCUCUUCAACCUGAGCAUGUUUGUUUUGUCUGCUUUCUGUAUGGAUCUCAGUUUUGUCUAAUGCUUUCAAUGUAACUUAAGACUUUGAGUGUGGCUUAUUCAAUGUGCUUCCAAGCAGGCAGUGGUUUCUGACAAACACUGUUAGGUCAUUAUUUGUUAUAUCAAAGUUCCAGUGGCUUCAGAAAUCAUAGCACCCUGUGAUUUUGUGGUGUCUGGGUUUGAGUAGUAUUGUUGAGAACUGUAACUAGUGAUUGUUCCUGCACACUUUUAAAAUAAAAACAUGUUUUUAUCAAGUA